GGAGACACAGCUUUAGACACUAGCACUCUUAUUUGUUGUCCCAGCCUCAGAGGGGGCACAAUGUGGCCAGCAUGGGAUUCUGAUAAGAAAAGAGAAAAGGCAGAAAGACAAGGACUUUGAGAACAGCAGAACCGGUGACGGCAAAAGGGCUUCAGCUUGCCUCCACUCCAAGAAGCAAAAGGUCAAGUACACGCAGUUUUUGGCUCACAUUUGGAUGUUGACUCUCAGGAAAGGGUCGCAGGUUCAAAGAAAAAUUGGGGCUGCUUCUUUAGAAAGAGCAGAGAAGUGGAGUUGAUGGGUCCCAUUCACUGAACUGGAUUAAAGAGGCUGAGGCUGCGGGUAUAUCAGGUGCCAACAGUGCCUGAUGGGCUGUAGAGUAAGUCUGGCUUGCCUGGGGAAUGAAUUUUGCACAGUACCACUGGAUCAUCAUCGUCAUUUGAUACAAGACGAGGCUGAGAUCAUGAUUCAGGCUGACAAGAGUUCGUCUGGAGGAUUGGCUGUUGGACAAGCUGAGCCUGAAAACCUCGCUUCAAGUUCUCACACUUUCAAAAACAAGACCUUUAAAAAACCCAAAGACUGUAGUAUCUGCAAACAAGCCAUUGACAGCCAAGGCAUUUCCUGCAGAGUUUGCAAGUAUGCCUGCCACAAGAAAUGUGAAGCAAAGGUGGUGAAACCCUGCUUCCUGCCAAUCAACUACGAACUGCCUGAUAACUCUGAGACCUUUAUGAGUCAUGUAACCAGAACUACUUCCGGCAGUUUUUCAAAAAGCUCCUCUUUCUGUUGUGACAAAGUAUCACAAAGUGCAGACUUUGAUCACAUUAUGGAGGAGGGCUAUGAACUUGACCUGACUUACAUCACUGAGCGGAUCAUUGCUGUAUCCUUCCCUGCCAGCUGUUCAGAGGAAACGUAUGUGCACAACCUGCAAGAUGUAACCCGAAUGCUCAAAUCCAAACAUGGAGAUAAUUACCUGGUGUUAAACCUUUCUGAAAAAAGAUAUGACCUUACCAAGCUUAACCCAAAGAUUAUGGAUGUGGGUUGGCCUGACCUUCAUGCACCUCCCCUUGAUAAGAUGUGCACCAUCUGCAAGGCUAUGGAAUCAUGGUUGAACAGCGACCCUCAGCAUGUGGUGGUGAUCCAUUGCAGAGGUGGAAAAGGAAGGAUAGGAGUAGUGAUAUCAUCAUAUAUGCACUUCACCAAUGUUUCUGCCAGCGCUGAUCAGGCUCUAGACAGAUUUGCUAUGAAGAAAUUCUUCGAUGAUAAAGUUUCAACUUUAAUGCAGCCAUCCCAAAAAAGAUAUGUGCACUUCUUAAGUGGCCUUCUGUCUGGAUCUGUGAAAAUGAACACGACCCCACUCUUCCUGCACUUUGUCAUCCUUCAUGGCAUCCCAAGCUUUGAUGCUGGAGGAGUUUGUCGGCCCUUUCUAAAGAUCUACCAGGCUAUGCAGCCAGUUCAUACAUCAGGAAUAUAUAGUGUAGGGCCAGAAAAUCAAAGCAGAAUCUGCAUUGCUAUUGAGCCAGCCCAGCUAUUGAAGGGAGAUAUUAUGCUGAAGUGUUAUCACAAAAAAUAUCGAUCGGCCACCCGUGAUGUCGUUUUCCGCCUGCAGUUUCACACAGGUGCCGUUCAGGGCUAUGGUCUGGUAUUUGGCAAAGAGGACUUGGACAAUGCUAACAAAGAUGACCGCUUCCCUGAUUAUGGGAAAAUUGAAUUGGUUUUUUCAGGAACCCCAGAGAAAAUCCAAGGAUGUGAACACCUGAAGAAUGACCAUGGAGUGAUAGUUGACUACAAUACCUCAGAUCCACUAAUCCGCUGGGAUUCCUAUGAAAACAUGAGUCCUGAUGGUGAAGUGCUCCACACCCAGGGUCCUAUUGAUGGCAGUCUUUAUGCUAAAGUGAGAAAGAAGAGCUCUUCAGAUACUAGCAUCCCCAGUGGAGCCCAGGGGGUUCCUGUGACUAGCAGCCCUGAUCACAGUGACCAUACUCUAUCUGUCAGCAGUGAUUCAGGACACUCAACAACUUCUAUAAGGACGGACAAGACCGAGGAGCAUCCAGCACCGGGAAUCAAACGGGGCUUGAGCCCACAAGAGAAGGCAGAGCUGGACCAGCUACUUAGUGGCUUCGGCCUAGAAAACUCAGUCAGUCCCCUCAAGGAUAUGACUGAUGCCCAAAGCAAGUACAGUGGGACUCGCCACAUAGUGCCAGCUCAGGUUCAUGUGAACGGACACACCAAACUGAAGGAUAGGGAGACAGAUAUUCUGGAUGAUGAGAUGCCCAGCCAUGACCUUCACAGUGUGGACAGCAUCGGGACACUGUCCUCCUCUGAAGGGCAGCACUCAGCCCAUCUUGGAAACUUCAGCUGCCACAAGAGCAGUCAGAAUUCGCUGCUCUCAGAUGGCUUUGGAAGCAACACUGGAGAGGACCACCACAGUGCUCUGGCCCCUGACCUGGGAAUAGGUGUGGACCCCCUGUAUGAGAGAUCAUUUGGAAGUGGUGAGCCUAAGCAAUCCCAGCAGCUGCAAAGGAAUCCUCCUGUUUCCGCUCAGCCUCAGGCUUAUGGCCCUAGUAACUACUCUACCCAGACUUGGGUGCGCCAACAGCAGAUGGUCACUGCUCACCAAUACACCUACUCCCCCGAGAGUGAAGUAAGGCUUGGCAUUCCUAGCACUGUGGAGAAUUCAGGCAAUGUGCAGAGCCAGCCCAGAAUCCCUGACACACCCACCCGGGGAUCCAGCAGCAGAGACGCUGUGCAGCAGGGGAUAGGGACUGUGCCAAGUUCCAGUGAAGUGGCAGAACACCCAGUGCCCGAGGCUUUUAAAUCCAGAUUAGUAGCUGAGAAAGACACAAAUGGCCUGGCUUUAGGAGUGAAUGCCGAGGACCUGCCAUCCUCUCCUACUCUGGAUAUCGACCAGUCAAUUGAGCAGCUGAAUCGGCUGAUCUUGGAACUGGACCCUACAUUUGAACCUAUCCCGACCCGCAUUAACACAGUCUCCAGGGACACGAGUCAAGUGAAUGGCUUCACCAGCCCUGAUGGGGAUGGGGGAGGGCUCAGCGUGAGCCCUGGAUUCCGUGAGAAAGGAGAGGUCACAAACAGGAAUCUUUCCCGGCAUGCAGGUUCACCAGGAGAUGAGUCAGGGGGAAGAAUAAGGAAGUUAAGUCUUGGACAAUAUGACAAUGAUGUUCCAGGGCAGCCACCAUAUACCAGGUGUGGCUGGAUGAAAUCUACUGCUAUAGACCAAGCUGUAAAUCCAGGAUCACUAAUUGCUGUAGGGGAGACCAAAGAGAUGGAUGUGGCACGUUACCAGGAAGACCUAGAUGAAGUAGACGGGGGAAUCUUCUCACCUACCAAAAAUGGGAAUGAAGCUGUUCCACCAACCCCAGCUUUUCCAGUGUCACCCGAGACACCAUAUGUGAAAUGUCCCCCACAUUACCGCCAAAUGAGUCCAUCUGGCCAACAGAUCACUAGCCCACCUGAGAUGUACAGAACUGGGCAUGAAUCUCGAAGUUACACGGAAGGCCUUAACCACUCGGUUGUGAUGACUGACAGCACCAUGAGCACCAAUCCCGCUUUGCUGAGGACUGACAUGCAGACAGCUCCUUCAUGUCAGCGGCCCUUUGUAUCUGCAUGCGCCAUUUCCAGUAACAGCCCCAUCCCAACCGGAGAAAGCCCUUCUGCAACUGAAUGCCACUGGCUAGAAAGCAACGCUAAGUCCACCGCUUCGCCCCAGCUCUCAGUGCUGGAGAACAGCAGGCCUACAGGAAAUUACCUUGUGUCCUCAGAAUUUUCAAGCCCCAUCCAGGACGGCUCGCUCUUGUCCCAUUUCCAAUCCCCAGGAUUGCAAGUCAUCUCUUUGAACAGCCGAGAGGAUUCGUCCUUAGGUCCGCAACAAGAACCUGCUGCCCAUCCCAGUGCCCGGGCCUACCUGAACUAUGGUGGGACCAACGUAAGCAGUAGCCCACCACUGGAGGAGAAACAACCUGUUUUCAUGGCCAAUGCUAGCAGCUCUCCCAAAACUAUGAGCUCACCACUGGCAAGUACAGCGGACAAUGGCUUUUUGGCCCACAACUUGCUAACAAUGGCCCCUGGACACAAAAGCCAGAGCAGCACAAUUCAACAGCACCAUGGAAUGAACCUGCACCCACAGCCACCUCUUCCAGAGAAGAAGAGGACUUCUGAGGGAGACCGUUCUUUUGGCUCCAUCUCUCCGUCUUCAAGUGGCUUCUCUAGCCCUCAUAGUGGGAGCACGAUCAGCAUCCCAUUCCCAAAUGUCCUUCCAGACUUUUCAAAAGUUUUAAGCACUUCCCCUUUGCCAGAAAACCCAGGCGAUAAACACGUGACCGUAAAAUUUGUCCAAGAUACAUCCAAGUUCUGGUACAAGCCAGAUAUUUCAAGAGAACAAGCCAUUGCCGUUCUGAAGGACAAGGAACCAGGGUCAUUCAUUGUUCGAGACAGCCAUUCUUUCAGGGGAGCCUAUGGCCUGGCAAUGAAAGUUGCUACACCUCCUCCUUCAGUGCUGCAGUUAAACAAGAAAGUUGGGGAUUUGUCAAAUGAGCUUGUCAGGCAUUUUCUGAUUGAAUGCACCCAUAAGGGAGUGCGAUUGAAAGGAUGUCCCAACGAGCCAUAUUUUGGGAGUUUGACAGCUUUGGUGUAUCAACAUUCUAUUACUCCUCUGGCAUUACCCUGCAAACUACUCAUCCCAGACAGAGAUCCCUUGGAGGAGAUCGCAGAAACAGCUCCACAGACUGCUGCAAACUCGGCAGCAGAGCUCCUAAAGCAGGGUGCAGCAUGCAAUGUUUGGUAUCUGAACUCUGUGGAAAUGGAGUCCCUCACAGGCUAUCAGGCAGUGCAGAAAGCCCUGAGCAUAACACUGAUGCAAGAGCCUCCUCCCAUCUCUACUGUUGUCCAUUUCAAGGUGUCUGCUCAGGGGAUCACACUGACAGAUAAUCAAAGAAAACUCUUUUUCCGAAGACAUUAUCCAGUCAACACUGUUAUCUUCUGUGCUUUGGAUCCACAGGACAGAAAAUGGAUGAAAGAAGGACCUUCUGCAAAAGUGUUUGGAUUUGUUGCAAGGAAGCAAGGCAGUGCCACAGAUAACGUGUGCCACCUGUUCGCAGAGCACGAUCCAGAGCAACCUGCCAGUGCCAUUGUGAACUUUGUAUCAAAGGUCAUGAUUGGUUCCCAGAAGAAAAUCUGAAUCCUUCCUAGCCUUUGGUUCAGAGCUCUUCACUGACUUGAGGGAAGGCAGCGUGGGAGAAAAAGCAUUCUUGGGAGUUUGCAGCUACAUUAUCCAAACGUAACCAUUCCCAAGAAGGAAAGCAGAGGAUGUUCCAUCUGCAUAACGUUACAAAGAGUGUGAUCCUUUCUUUGAAGAUGCCUCUGACCUAUCAAAACAUUGUGUUCUUACAUCAAAGGGCAAAAUUGUGAGUGAAUGCAGUUGGAUGCCACCAAAACCCACAUAAUCCAUAUCUGAAUUAAACAGAGAAGAAAGGCUUUAUAGUGCAGGGUUUUAAUUAUAUUUUCACGCACCAUUUUCCAUCUUGUAUCAGAAAAGGAAGAAUUUGCCAAGUCAUUAGAUCAUGCCUUUUUUUUUUUUUCCUGUAGGAAAAUUUAUAAGAACCACAUGCAUUCUCUUACUUAGACACUUGCCACAUUUGCAUCAGUGGUAGCUAUAGCCCUGGCAAACUGGUGCUCUUAAGAGAGGGGUAGUUUGUGAAGGACUAUUUGCUCUUCCCUUCAUCUUUAUAUGAUAAUGGUGGGAGUUGACUAAGAAGGGGGAAGAUGUACGUUAGGGGAAGGUUAGUGCAGGUUGAUUUCUUUUAAGAAGGGUGCAGAGACAUGGAUUUUUCAGGGAGAUUACUCCAUGUUUAGUAUAAAGCAGGCUGAGUUUAUUUAGUUUGUAUAAUUUUAAAAUGGGAGAGGGAUAACCAAAAAGAGUCGUGUGGAGAAAGAUUGAUGUAUUCUGUUAAUGGUGUUUUUGUUAUUAUUUUUAUAUGAAGAGUUAAGCAGGAAAGAUGCUGUAUUUUAAUAAUCACAGGAUAAAAAUGAGGGAAAAGCAAAGAAGAAAAUGAUUUUAUAUAAUUUAUAUUUUUGCCUCUGCCAGAUUAUUUAUAGUAGAUGUCAAAUCUUGAUAUAUUAUAUGAGUGUUCUUAUAGUAAAGCCAUUCAUGAUCUUUGCCUUCUUAGUUUUAUUUUGAAUAAGUAUAGUAUGUCGCAUGUGCCUUAUUAUAGAGUAGAGUUUCGUAUUUAGACUCUUGUUUUACAGUAUUAAACCACUUCCCAGCUCAUGUAUUUCUGAAAUAAUGCUUUGACUAUGAAAUCGGUCCUCCCGCCUUUCUUACAUACAUAGGUUCUUUUUGACAGAUUUUUUUUUUAAUGAAAGGUGGGGUUUUGUUUUUUGUUAUUCAAUUUGUAUGGAUUGGUGUUAAAUUUUAUAGGUGAAUUUUUAAAAUAAUUUCUUGAGUCAAGAAAUCCAAAAGGGAAAAGAAUAUUUUUUGUUACUCUUACCCAUGUCCAAGACAAUCUGUCACAGGUGUCCUUCAUAUGACCAAGUAAGUCAACAUAGUGGCAUCUGUAUUUUAUAAAACUAAUGGUUAUUCUGUAGUUAGUUUUAUAAUAUAAAUAUAUAUACUAUAUAGUAGGGUAGGUGACUUGUAGUAAUUUUCUGUGAGAGUGGAGGCCCAUUUGAAGUCUAUUGUAAAAUUCCCAUUCACCCAAAGGGAACAGGAUCAGGCCCAGAAACAGGAAUUGGAAGUUACAGACAACUGAAAUUCCCAGUUGUUUGACAUGCCAAACAUUUCUGUUCCUUCGGUUUGAGGGCCAAAUCUAUAGAUCAGUGACCUGAUGUAUAAAAUGGUGCAGGGUUCUGUGCACACAGUCACAAGACACAGUGGGCUGAGUGGUAACUAUCCCCAUUUUGAGACUUAAAUUGCUUCAGUCUCUUUUUACCAGACAAUGGUCAGGAGGGAUAGGAAAAAUUAUAGAGUUGGCUUAAAUAACAAAUUACCACCUAUCCUGAUCCAAAAACCAUUCGUGUGUGUGUGUGUGUGCGCGCGCACACGCACACACACACACACACGUUGUUCUAACUUUUAUUAACAGCCUCCUUUUUUUAGAAUUAGAAGAACCACAGGCACCUUAUGCAGGGGCCAAGGACAAAAUUUGUUACCAAAUAAUUUGUAUAACCAUGAAUUCAGUGUAAAUAAUUGUAUACUUUUGUAUGGGGGCUUUGGGCAAAAUUACAAAUUAAUGUAUUUGGACCAGGAAGUGGCUUACAUUAGUAACAGUGAGCAUUGUAUGUAUAUAGAAAGGUUAGGCAGUUCAAAGUAAAGCUACCAUUGAAGCAACAAGGGCAAGUGCCUCUGAUUUGUACCAAAUACUUUCAUUCUUCCAUCAAACAGGUUGAAUAAUCAAACAAUGUUUUCCUACCAUCUAAAAAGAAUGCAGUGAGAUUGUUUAUUUGGUAACCUUGAUCCCUUUCAAAAACAUUGGGACCAGUGGCCCAAGUAGGAAUUCUGGUGGGUUCCAUUAGAAUAAACAAAUUGGUCUCUGUUGAUUACUGUUGGUCUCUUUUGGUUUCAUUUCGAGGAACCACAUCCUCAGGAACCAGAAGGCUAAUAGAUCCAUUACUCGGUUCUGAAACCUAGCUGGCCAGUUGGAACGUAUUGAAUAUUCUCAAGUGAAAUUUCUCCUACAUUCCAGCUGGAGAUUCUUCACUGGGGACAUCAGUGGAGUCACACCCGCACUCCGUCUAACCCAUUGGUGAAUUAUGGCUCUCAGAUUCUGUGUGAGAUAAGUUAAGUUUGAGUGUGUCUUCACAAAAGCUGGUGUCAGCCACUGCACAGCCUUUGGCCCCACUCUGCUGAGGAUGGAAUGUUUGAUUUCCAGUAAACAGGCUUUGCUAUUGUGGGCCUUAUUCUGCAUUCCUUGUGAAUUCUGAAAACCUAUUGAAUUUGGUGGGCUUUUAGGAGCACUAGGAAUUCAGGUCUGGGCUCUUCAAGGUGCUUACCUGGGAACUUAAGUUGUGCUGAGUAAUGGGAAGGAGGAAAUUGCCAUAGUUACUAAGAGACCCUCUCUAAUGUGUGUUCCUUUUCAUGGUAUAUUAUCACAUGCUUUGUUUUCACAUGGAAUAUAUUUAAAAACACAAAGCAAAAUAGUACAGUAAAUAUAAUUGUGUAGUAUAUACAUAAACACAUUCAUAAAACUUUGGUUCAUGGUAAAUACAUGACUAAAUAGUAUAGCACUUUCCUUCUAAGGAUUUUGAUAGAUGUGUAUAUGCAGUCUCAUAAGUAAUGCCAGCAAGUUGCCACGUGUAUUUAGCCACGCUCCUAUUAACCUGCUUGUUAAAUGUGCUACUAUAAUCUUACAGUGUUAAACUACAAAAAUGCUGAAAGCCAUGUUUUUAAAGGUUUUUAAUUAAAUGGUCCCCAUAUAUCCAACAGCAUCAUUAAAAUUUUAAUGUUUCCUUCUCUGCCUUACCUAUUAGUGAACAUUUUUUGCCUUUUUCUUGAAACUGUAAAAAACCAACCAAACAAAAAGUAUCCAGUAUGUAAAUGAAUGUUCUAUAAAUUCUUUGUAUAGUCAUUUUCUCUGCUCUUUAAAUAUCACCUCUAUUCAGAUUAUAAUAAAAUUAUAAAUUGGAAAUCUCACA